GAUAAUUAAAAGGGGUGCCUGAAGUACAGUUUAAAAUGGAAUAACCAGCCUACAUGUGUAUACUUAGGAUUGUUAGACUCAACAACAAUGGCAUUAAAACAAGUUGGUGUUUCUGUGCUGCUGUUUGUUGCCCUUGGACUGGCUGAAGUACAAUGGCCAAAACUGUGGAACAUUCAAGCUACUGCAAGAGCACCAGCAGUGCAGUUUGAUCUUGUUCCUACUCUGAGUGUAACAGCAGAAUGCAAUGAGACUGCAGUGUAUGUGGAAGUGAAGAAAAAUCUGUUUGGAAAUGGUAAACCCUUCAAUAUUGCUGCUCUUAUGCUGGGAGGCUGUGCUGCUAAAGGGGAGGAUGCUGCUUUUCAAGUCCUUAUCUAUGAAUCUGAACUAGAUGGCUGCAAUAGCAAGUUGACUGUGACUGAGGAUGAACUGGUCUAUGUCUUCACCCUUGUUAUUGCUUCAGAGCCUUUAAGUGGUAUUCCCAUUCUAGAAAAUGCUAGUGCUGGGGUUUCAAUUGAGUGUCACUAUCCAAGAUUCCGUGAUGCUCCCAGCAGUACUCUGAUGCCUGCUUGGAUACCACAUGAUUCUCCCCAUGCUGCUGAAGAACCUUUUGUUUUCUCUUUGAGGCUCAUGAUGGAUGACUGGAUAUCUGAAAGACCAUCCAACCAGUACUACCUGGGUGAGCUUAUAAAUAUUGAGGCAUCAGUUCUGCCAUUCAACCAUGUACCCUUGCGUAGUCUUGUGGACAGCUGUGUGGCCACUGCUGUCCCUGACACAAAUGCAGUCCCCAGAUAUUCCUUCAUUGAGAACUAUGGGUGCUUGACUGACUCAAAGAUUAUGGAGUCCAGUUCCCACUUUAUGCCCCAAACUCAGGCAGCUAAGUUAGGGUUUCAGCUGGAGGCUUUCAGGUUUCAGCAAGGGAACAGUAGCUUGGUCUACAUUACAUGCAUCUUGAAGGCAACAGCAGCGUCUGCCCCUCCUGAUGCUGAACACAAGGCUUGCUCAUUCUCUGGCAACAGGUAUGUUGCUUUGACCUUAAAAUGGUGCAGUGCUGCUGAGCUGAGACUACUAAAGCAUUAUGAUAUCUUCCUAGAUGGACUGCUGCAUAUGGUGCUGACCAGGUGUGCAGCUGUUGCAACAGUCACUGCAGCUUGAGGAACCAACACGUCGUCUUAAGCAAAUAGUUGGAACUGUAACUGAACCCCUGCUUAAAAUAGUUAACUCCUCACUGAGCAAUGGGUACAUUCCAAAAUCACUUAAAUUAGCUGUUAUUAAACCACUAGUGAAGAAACCAGACCUUGAUCCUAGCGACUUAACUAACUAUAGGCCAAUUUCAAACCUUCCCUUUCUAUCUAAAAUACUAGAGAAGGUAGUAGCGCAGCAGCUAAUUUCAUAUCCACAAAGUAAUAAUAUCUAUAAACUUUAUCAGUCAGGUUUCAGGCCCCACCACAGCACAGAGACAGCAUUAGUUAAAGUAGUCAAUGACUUGCUAUUAGCCUCUGAUCGGGGUUGCAUUAGUCUAUUAAUUUUACUUGACCUUAGCGCAGCGUUCGACACUAUCGACCAUAAUAUCCUUCUUCACAGACUGGAAAAGGUCGUAGGAAUUAAGGGCUCAGCCCUCGACUGGUUUAGAUCUUAUUUAACCGAUCGUUAUCAGUUUGUAAAUUUAAACGGUGACCACUCAGCACGUUAUCGAGUAGAAUAUGGCGUUCCGCAGGGUUCAGUCUUAGGCCCACUGCUUUUCACGUUAUACAUGCUCCCUUUAGGUAACAUAAUCCGUAAACAUAAUAUUAGCUUCCAUUGUUAUGCUGAUGACACACAGUUAUACGUCUCAGCUAGGCCAGAUGAGAAUAGCCAGUUAAAGAAUGUUGAGUCAUGUGCGAUAGACAUAAGAGACUGGAUGCUAAGCAACUUUCUCCUCCUAAACCCGGAAAAAACAGAGGUUCUGGUACUGGGACCACAAGCCGCUAGAAGUAAGUUUAAAGAUCACACUGUUACUUUAGACAGUCUCUCUGUUUCAAGUAGUCUAACAGUAAAAGAUCUCGGUGUGAUUAUAGACUCUAAUCUCUCAUUUGAGGCGCAAGUAGAUAAUGUAAGCAGGUUAGCAUUUUUCCACCUCAGAAAUAUCGCUAAGAUUAGAAAUAUACUUUCGCUAAGUGAUGCUGAAAAACUAUUCCAUGCAUUUAUCACGUCCAGAUUAGAUUACUGUAAUGCUUUACUAUCUGGAUGUUUGUUUAGAUGCAUAAAUAAGCUUCAGAUAGUUCGGAACGCAGCAGUGAGGGUCCUUACUAGGACUAGGAAGUAUGAGCAUAUCACGCCAGUCUUCUCUACAUUACACUGGCUCCCAGUAAGAUUCCGCAUCGAUUUUAAAAUAUUACUCCUAACCUAUAAAGCAUUAAACGGUCUCGCUCCGCAGUAUUUAAGUGAUAUGUUAGUACUUUACAUUCCGCCGCGCCUACUUCGCUCUAAGGACGCAGGCUGUCUAUCAGUACCACGCAUUGCCAAAACCACGGCAGGGGGCAGAGCUUUCUCUUACCAAGCCCCAAAAUUAUGGAACAGCCUCCCAGUUAAUGUACGUGAAGCAGACACAGUCUCGGUGUUUAAGUCGAGGUUGAAGACUUAUUUAUUUAACCUAGCAUUUAGCAACUACUGUUUUAGACAAAGGAGUAGAUCUGGGGGACUCGUGGAUGUUGAGUGUUAUGGUGAUCUGGUGUGUUUGGAUGCUGUCUUCCUCACUCUCGUUAGUCACUCAGGUUUGUGACGGCAGAGUGACUGUAUGCCUUACAUAUCAGGGAUCUCUCACGUCUGUGUUUCCCCCUGGUUCUCCUUUUAGUUAUGCUGUUAUAGCUAGUCCUGCCGGAGUCCCCUGCACUCCUCAUUAAGUUUUAUCUCCACACGGUGACUGUGAGUGUACCUAACCACUUUCCUUCUCUUUCUGCCGAGCUACACUCCUGAGCUGCCGGUGAUCCAGACCCCCCUACGCUCUGGACCAGAUGAGCAUCACUCCUGAGCUGCUGGCAAUCCAGACCUCCCCCCCCUUCACUCUGGACCUGUCCACCGGCAAUGCUUCACACUGCCACCAAGAUGCUUCAGCUGUUUUCUAUGGACUACGCAAACGCACACUGUACACACACACGCACACUACAGUGUAAACCCAUAUGAGGAUGGGUUCUCUGAGUCUGGUUCCUCUCAAGGUUUCUUCCUAUCACCAUCUCAGGGAGUUUUUCCUUGCCAUCGUCGCCCUGCUUGCUCAUCAGAGACGUCACACACACACACUUCACUUUUGUUUGUGUAAAGCUGCUUUGAGACAAUGACCUUUGUAAAAAAGCACUAUACAAAUAAAAAUGAAUUGAAUUGAA